GUUGCGCCACUCGAAGCUUUUAGCCUUAUCAUCGCACAGACAAGUUCUACAUCAUGGAUCGAUCUACCGCAGGCAAGAAGCCUCGAGCCAGUCAACCGAGUAAAGGCAAAGCCAAAGCCAGUCCUCUCACUGCCGGCAAGGGGUCGAGGUUAAAUGAGAGUGGAAAGUACGAUUCACAUGACGAUUCUUUUUACCGUGCUUUCAGAAAAGCUUUGCGAGACCGAGAUAAAUUUCCCAAUGGGCCCUCAGUCCCAUUAUUCUUAGGCUUUCUACGUACGAUGGAAAGUUAUGACUUCAACAAUAUGACCAGGGCAAUGCGAAAGAAUUGGGACGAUUUCGCACAACGUUGCCCAAUUGCAUCAAUGAUACUUUUGCAAGCAGCACAGGACAGUAUUAUGACAGAUGGUGGUCAUUUCAUAAUUCCCAAGCGCAUUGAGGGAGUUGCAUAUACCAACAAAUGCAAGCUUAUUGUCGAUUUCUCCAAGCCUACCAAGACCAAGACCAAGGCGGGACUGUCUGGACCUAUUAAGCAUCAAGCUAGACGCAAGCCUGCGUAUUCUCAAGCUGACCUGAAGUCGAACUGCGAACAAGCGGACGAACCCGGCCCUCAUGGUUCUCGGGCAUACCCUACGUCUUCGCAACCAAAGGCAGACGAAUAUGAGGUAGAAAAAUACGAGUCAGACUUACCCCAGACAGACGAACCCGAGCCUCAUGGCACCCGAGAAUAUUCUGCAUUUUCGCAGUCAGAGGCAGACGAAUCUGAGGUAGACGAAUACGAGUCAGACUUAUCCGAGGCAGAUAAACCCGAGCUUUAUAAUACUUCAGGAGGGUUUACCACUUUUCAGUCAAUGACUGUCAGAGAAAAUGACUACAGAGGAGAGCCUAAGUCCAAAGCCCAUAAGCGAAAAGUCCCUUUAAAUCAAGGUACCGAAGAAGAAAUAGAACCACAACGACGACCCAAGCUAGCUCGAUAUUCACCCCCGUCUCUUGAACCUGAUGAUGAACUUGAGAUGCAAGCAAUAUUCGACAGAAUGCAGACAAGAAUUCAAGCUAUGGAAAGUCAAGAGUCCCAAGAAGAGGAGUUGUAA